AUCAAACGUUCGUAUCCAAGGUGUACGACAUAAGAUUCGAUCGGCUUUGGUCUAAUUAAUAAUUUAAGCUUAAUUAGACCAAAUAAUAAAGUCAUAUAAUAAACUCCGUACAAAUCUCAAGGCAAUUUAUGAAUGCAGCGAAAGAUUUGGAUUUGCAUAAGCUUGUUACAAAAGAGACCAAACUUGAAUAUAUUAGGCUCGUGUGUCAAAUGAAAAUGAUUGAAACAAUUCGUAAGCAGUUAAAUGUAUUCUUGGAAGGCUUUUAUGAUAUUAUACCUAAACAACUGAUUUCCAUAUUUAAUGAACAAGAAUUUGACUUAUUGGUCAUCGUGCCUUAUGUAGAUAUCGAGAAUCUUGUAGCAAAUACUGAACAUCAUAAAUACACUGCUAUGUCUUUACAGAUUCAAUGGUUCUAGUGUAUUACAUAGUUUUGAUCAAGCGGAUCGUGCGAAGUUCUUACAAUUCGUUACGUCUAAAGUGUCGUUACAAGAUUUUGCUGUGUUAGAAGGCAUGAAUUGCAUAUAAAAGUUCCAAAUUCAAAGAGAAGAUAGAUCAACAGACAAAACUUCCAUCUGCACAUACCCGAUAAAUAUCUGAAGAAAGAAAUUUUUGUAAUACUUUCUCAUAUGCGUGUAUAAGCUGAAAUUAAAUCGAUAUAAAAGUGGGCUAAAACUGUAUUCUCUAAUUGCAGUUUCAAUCAAUUGGAUCUGCCAGUGUACGAGACGUAUGAUAAACUUUAUACAAAUCUACUUAUGAAUGCAGCGAAAGAUUUGGAUUUGCAUAAGCUUGUUGGAACGCUAUUGUCAUAUAAUAUGUAGCAUUAAUAAUAAGAUGUUAAAAUGUUAGCUAAGGAAAAAGAGUGAGAAUGAGAGUAUGAGAGUGAGAGAGAGAGAGAGAGAGAGAGAGAGAGAGAGAGCGAAAGAACAUGUGUCGUAGAAGAAAAGCGUCGUUUGACGAAAAGGAUUGCCAUUGUUCGAAACAUGUGUUGUUUUAUGGUAGCGUCAUAAAACACACAAUCAAUUGUAUUCAAAGCGCGUAAAUGUAACAUCUGCGAAUGGACGCACGUAUGUAUCAGG